AUGGCAGAUGGUGCUGUGAGUUUCUUACUUGAUAAACUAACUACAAUCCUAAUGCAAAAUGCAUCAUUGCUGGGAGAUGCUCGUGACGAAAUAGAAGAAAUCAAGCUUGAGCUAGAGAGUAUGAAAUCUUUCCUAAGAGAUGCAGAAAGAAGAAAGGAAAUGAGUGAUUCAGUGGAAACAUGGGUGAGGCAAGUACGAGAGGUUGCGUAUGAAGUUGAGGAUAUAAUAGAUGAGUUUAUGCAUCACAAAUAUAAGGAAUCUCUUAAGAAUGGACUCAAGGGUAUUGUCAAAGACGUGGUCAACUUCCCCAAGAACAUAACUUCAAGGCAUCGAAUUUCUUCAAAACUAGAAAAGAUCAAAGCUAAGGUUCAUGAGGUUUCAGAGAGAAGCAAGCGAUACGGUUUUGAUCAGAGAGAUGAGGGGGUUACUAGAAAUGUUGCUGGUGAUAGGUGGCAGCACUAUGGAGAAUCAGCAGUGUUUGUAGAUGAAGAUGAUAUGGUGGGAAUGGAAGAGAACACAGAGCAGUUACUUGGAUGGUUAAUGGAGGAUGAACCUCGCCGGACUGUUAUUUCAAUUGUGGGAAUGGGCGGUCUUGGUAAGACCACUCUAGUCACAACAGUAUACAACAAUCAAAUAAUCAAGAGAGACUUUGAUUGUUGGGCAUGGAUCUCUGUGUCUCAAGCUGGUGAGACUGGUGAGCUAUUAAGAAGCAUGAUCAAAGAGCUAUUUGGUGCAACUCCAGUGCCAAUACCAAACAACCUGGGUUCAAUGAACUAUAGGCAACUUGUGGGAAUGCUUAUUGGUUAUUUGCACCAGAAAAGGUAUGUUAUUGUCCUAGAUGAUGUAUGGAGCAUAGAUCUUUGGAGUAUAAUAAGAAGUGCAUUUCCCAAUAAUAGACAUGGAAGCAGAAUUAUCCUCACAACAAGGAACGAGAAUGUAGCUACCUCUGUUGGAAUUGGAAGCCGUGUCCAUCAGCUUGCACCUCUUCAAGAGAAAGAUGCUUGGGCCCUCUUCUGCAAAAGGGCAUUUUGGAAUGACACAGAACACCUUUGUCCCAAAGAGCUUAAACCUUUGGCCGAGGCCAUCUUGAAGAAAUGUGAAGGCUUGCCACUUGCAAUAGUAUCAGUUGGAGGCCUCAUGUGUUCAAGAAGGAAGACAGUUGUGGAAUGGAAGAAUGUCUAUGAAAGCCUCAAUUGGCAACUAAGCAACAAUCCCAAGCUGGAACAAGUGAAGGGCAUCUUGCAGUUGAGCUUCAAUGAUUUACCAUUCUACCUCAAGCAUUGUUUCUUAUACUGUUGUGUUUUCCGUGAUGGUUACCCAAUUAGAAGGAAGAGGCUAAUUAGGCUAUGGAUAGCAGAAGGGUUCAUCCGAGAAAGGAAAGGCAUGACAUUAGAAGAGAUAGCAGAGGAGUACCUCACAGAACUUAUCCUUCGAAGUAUGAUUCAAGUUACAGAGACUAAUGAUGCUGGGAGGGUGAAGAUAUGUCGAGUGCAGGAUGUCAUGCGUGAAUUAGCUGUGACGACGUCUGAAAAGGAGAAUUUCUGCACAGCAUAUGAUGGCUACCAAUCAAAGCUAGAAGGAAAAAUCCAUAGGUUGUCAGUUUACGGUACUGGCGAAAGCAUCCGAUUGAGCAGUACAAUGUCGCACCAUCUUCGCUCCUUCUUUGUGUUUCCAACGGAUAUGUGCUCUUCGUUCUCUCUAGAUGUUGUGUCAUCAAAAUUCAAAUUACUGAGGGUUCUUAAUCUAGAGGGAGUUCCCAUUGACACCAUGCCAGGAACACUGGUUGAAUUGUUCAAUCUAAGGUACUUGAACUUGAGAGAUACCAAGAUCAAGGAGCUUCCCAAAUCAAUGGAAAGGCUGAACAAUUUACAAACAUUGGAUGUAAGGAAUACCUACAUGGAAAGGCUACCAAGUGGAAUAUCAAAACUAUCUGCUUUGAGACAUCUGUGUAUGCUCCGCAAAAAUGAUCAGAGUUCUGAAACAACAGAUGUUCUCAUUAGUAUGCAGGCUCCAGCUGGAAUAUGCAACAUCCGCACUUUGCAGACCCUUACAUGCAUUGACGCAGAGAAAGAGCUAAUCCAAAACGUUGGGAACUUGACUGAUCUCAAACGGUUGGAGAUUACAAAGUUGAGAGCUGCCGAUGGACCAAAGUUGUGCAAUUCAAUUCAAAAGUUGACAGGCCUCCUCCGCUUAGGUGUGAUGGCAACCAGUACAGAAGAAGGACUUCAAUUGGAAGCAUUACGUAUGCCUCCGAUAUUUCUUCAGAAACUAACCUUGAUCGGUCAAUUGAAUAGGUUACCUCCCUGGAUUGGGUCCUUGGCAAAUCUAACACAUUUGUAUUUGGGCCAUUCUCAUCUCCAAGAAGAUAUAAUUUCUUCUAUCCGUGUACUUUCCAGUCUGGUAUUCCUUGAACUCAAGAAAGCAUAUGAUGGCAGGUUCUUACACUUCAAGGAAGGAUGGUUCCCUAGACUAACCAAACUGAAAUUUAUAGAGCUUGCACAAUUGGAUAGCAUGAAAAUUGAGGAGAAAUCGCUGCCAAGAAUCCGAGAGUUGUAUCUAAUUCGCUGUCAAGCGAUGAAGGCUCUGCCUCAAGGAAUUGAGCAUUUUAAAGGCCUCCAGAAGUUACAUUUGGAAGAUAUGCCUGAGCAAUUGGUGCUGGAUUUACAAAGUGGUGGCACCAGUGAAGUUCAACAAAAGGUACAGCACAUAACCACAAUCAAUCUUUGUCUAUAUAACAGACCAAACUCAAGUAGUUGA